AUGCAGGCCACAAGGUAUGUUUUCCUUCAUGCUUUAGGGAAUAAUCAACUCAUCAACAGCCCUCCACCUCCACCCGAUCCUGGUACAUCCUCGUCCGGGUAUGAUGGUAAUGAUCAGAGUCCUUGGACUUUGAGGGCGAGGGCAAUAGAUAACUGGCUCUUAGGUCAUAAGGUUGUUGCCAGCGCGACUGCAGCAUCACUCAUAUCUACCUUUGCUGGGUUUCCUCUUGAUUCACUAAAAUCACGCUUACAAAGUUCUCGAGAAGUCAGUAGUCUUCCUCGACUAGCUGCUGAGGUUGUACGAGAAGAAGGUAUAGGAGGACUACCAUUGAUAACUAUAUCCAUCGUUCGAACAGUUUCAUUCACCGUCUACACAUCUAGCAAAAGAAUCCUCAACCUCUCUCCAUCAGAUACUCCUUACACGGGAGAAGGUUCCACAACCCCUUGGAUUGACGUACGUCUAGGAAUCCUCAAUCAAGAUUCCGCUCGGGAUGUAGCUUUAACUUCAAUGUUGGCAGGUGGAGCUUCUGGUGCUGUCGUAUGUCUAGGUUCUGCGCCUUUCGAAUUGGUCAAAGUAAGAAGACAAUUGGAAUAUCAAAUAUAUCGUGAUACUCAUCCUGAAUUCCCUGGAACAUCGAUCUCUCCUCCUGCUCCACCUCCCAACUACACGGCGAGACCAAGACCACCACCUUUCGUACCACCUACAACGUUGCAAGCUGUCAAGAUGAUCAUCUCUUCGCUCGGUCCUAUGGGUUUGUAUUCUGGUUUCAGAUUACAUUUCAUACGUGAUACUUUAGGGACGGCAUUGUAUUUUGCGGAAUAUGAUACUAUGCGACAUGCACUUGGGAGGAAACGUGAUUUAGGAAGAGGGAAGACUAAUGAUGAGGUGGAAGUAGAAAGAAUGGGUGGGAGGGAAGAACAAGGAGAGCUACCAGAUUGGGCAAAGGGUUGGUUACCCAUAGGUUUUGUGCCAUUUCUAUGUGGAAGUCUGGCGGGAGUGACAAGUUGGGCUUUGAUUUAUCCCGUUGAUGCAAUCAAGACAAAAGCUCAACAACGCGCUUUGGCCGGUUUGGAGCCCAGAACAGCUUUAACCCAGUUCUCCCGUUUAGUCCGUGGAACAGACAAAGAUCAUCCUAAACCUCUUUUAAUGGGUAUAGCACGAUUGUACAGAGGAUUAGGAGUAUCCAUGAUGCGUUCCAUGUUCACUCACGGAUUACUAUGGACCAUCGUGGAUUACGCAGGUUCCAAGAUUGAUCAACGACCAUUCGAACGGUGGCUAGGUACUUGA